AUGACACGUUAACUCUCUCUGAAAAUUUACUUUCGACCAAGUUUAAAUAAGUAGGUGAUACUGGCCCCUGUAUCCUUUGCCGGUAGUGUCAGUCUGCGGUACGAAGCCGCACUCACAGCCAUGGACGUCAUCAAGUUUAAGGUGAAUGGAGUCGAGCACACAGUCGGUGGGGAGGUCAGCUCCGACGUUAUGUUGCUGGACUAUCUCCGCAACUACCUCCAGUUGCGUGGUACCAAGUACAGUUGCCGCGAGGGUGGCUGCGGAGCCUGCAUGAUCACCGCUGCGAAAACUCCAGGAGGUCCACACUUGGCCAUCAAUUCGUGUCUUCAAUCGCUCGGAUCCUGUCAUGGAUGGGAUAUCCUGACUAUCGAGGGUUUGGGCAACAGGAAGGAUGGGUACCACCCCCUGCAAACCACCCUCGCUGAGAACCAUGGAACUCAGUGUGGAUACUGCACUCCAGGAUGGGUGAUGACCAUGCAUGGUCUCAUGGAAAGCAACAACCAGCUGACGAUGUUAGACGUAGAAAAGUCACUUUCCAGUAAUCUUUGUCGCUGUACUGGCUACAGACCCAUUCUGGAUUCUUUCAAGAAGUUCGCAGUAGACAGUCCUGCAGAGGAUAAGAUUAAAAAUAUUAAAGAUUUGAGCAUCUGCAAGAAGUCCAACAACUGUUGUCGAAGCUUUGCCAAAGACAAUGACUGGUGUAUGGUGGAAGAUGAGUCUGCAAGAAAGAUGCUGACAAUGAAAAUGAAAGAUGGUAAAACAUGGUACAGACCUACACUUCUCGACGAACUUUUGAAGUUAUUGAAGCAAAAUUUGGAGUCAUACAUAUUGAUCGGUGGAAAUACCGCCAAAGGUGCGUAUCCCAUAGUAGAAUAUCCUCAAGCAAUGAUAGACGUGACCCACGUACCAGAGCUGAGACGUAACGACAUGGAUCAGAACCUUAGAGUAGGAGCAGCUCUUACUAUGACUGAAUUAAUGGACAUCUUCAAAGCUACCGCUGACAAGGACGGCUUCAGUUAUCUAUCUAAACUGUAUGACCAUGUAGAUCUAGUUGCUCAUAUACCGCUGAGAAAUGUGGCAACAAUUGGUGGAAACUUAAUGAUCAAACACCUUUACAAUGCUUACCAAUCUGACUUGUAUCUGAUCUUCUACACGGUCGGUUGUCAACUAACUAUCGUGGAUUACCGUGGCAAGAAACAAACGGUCACGAUGAAUAAGUUUUUGCAAUUAGACAUGAAAGGGAAAGUAAUCAUGGACGUCUUGUUCCCACCGCUAAGUAAAUCGCAUAAGCUUUUUACUUACAAGCUUAUGCCAAGAGCUCAAAGUUCUCACGCCAUUGUAAACGCCGGAUUCCUCUUCAAACUGAAUUCUUCCGACGUGGUAGAAGAAGCUACUAUCGUAUACGGAGCUCUCUCAGACAAGUUUGAGAAGGCUGUGUCCACUGAAAGGUACCUUAUAGGAAGGAAGUUGUUUGAUAAUGACACUUUGAAAGGAGCUUUGAAGGUUUUGGAUGGAGAAUUGAUCGUGGAAGACCAUCCACCAGAACCAUCUGUUGAAUACAGGAGUCAUGUCGCUAAGGCACUCUUCUUCAAGGCUCUUCUAAAUCUAGCUCCAUCUAUACCAUCUCGAACUGCCUCAGCUGCUGUAGAUUUGCAUCAAACCAGACCAGUCUCCAAAGGAAAACAGGUCUUCGCCACUGACACCGCAUUGUGGCCAUUGAAUAAGCCAAUGCCAAAGCUUGAAGGACAGAUUCAAUGUGCAGGAGAAGCUGUAUAUACUGACGAUGUACCAUCGUUCCACAAUGAAGUGUUUGGUUCAUUUGUACUGAGUACUGUGGGCCGUGGAACUAUUCUCAAAAUGGAUCCUAGUGAAGCUUUGGCAUUACCCGGUGUGUUAGCAUUCUAUACAUAUAAAGAUAUCCCCGGGCUGAACUCUUUCACACCCACAGAUGGUCAAGGCGGACUUACGUCAGUAAAUGAAGAAAUUCUGUGCGAAGGUGAUGUUAAAUAUAACGGCCAGCCUAUUGCUAUCAUUGUAGCAGAAACUCAAAACUUAGCAGACAGAGCUGCAAGGCUAGUGCAAGUUAAAUACACCAAUAUUUCUACACCUGUUACGGAUAUCAAAGUAGCUAAACAAGAUAGUAGUAGAAAUACUUUGUUCAUUGCUGCUGAUGCCACAAGCACUGGAACCGAUGUCUACAAGACUAUAACUGGUAGCAACGUUGUACACGGGCAAUAUCAUUUCCCAAUGGAGACCAUUGUCUCUGUCGCUAAACCUACGGAAGAAGGACUGGAGUUACAUUUGGCAUCACAAUGGAUGGAUGGAGCACAUACUAUGGCUUCGAGAGCUUUGAAUAUAGAUCAAAGCAAGAUUGAUGUCUACAUUCGCCGAGUUGGUGGUUCUUAUGGACUGAAGAUUACGCGUUGCAUUCAGUCUGCUGUUGCAUGCAGUCUUAUUGCAUUUAAAAUGAACCGUCCGUGCAGGUUUAUUCAACCAUUGGUUACCAAUCUCAAAGCUUUUGGUAAAAGGAUGCCCAACGUGACUGAUUAUGAGGUUGCAGUCAACAGUUCAGGAGUUUUACAAUAUGCAAACUUAGUGGCCUAUACGGACAACGGUCACAAGAUAAAUGAGCCAAUUGCAUACUACGCAGCUGAUGUCUAUUUCAACUGCUACGAUAGCACCAAAUUUAAUUACAAAUCCUACAACACAGUUACCGAUACGGCUAAGAAUACUUUUUGUAGAGCACCAGGCACAUUGGAAGCCAUCGCAAGCAUGGAGAAUAUUAUGGAGAGAAUCUCUUAUGAACUUUCUUUGGAUCCAAUUGCCCUCCGUCUUGCCAAUUUGGGCAAAAAUUUUGCGAGCGAGGUAACUGAAAUAGUAGAAGCAUUAAAGACUAGCUCUGAAUAUACUAGUCGCAGAGCAGCAGUCGAUUCUUUCAAUACACAAAAUAGAUGGAAGAAGCGAGGAUUGAGAUGGGCUUUCUGUAGAUGGCCUCCAGUAGGUGGUUUUUAUGCUGACGUAAAUCUGUCAGUUUUCCAUUCAGAUGGCACUGUUGUUAUUACUCAUGGAGGUAUUGAAAUGGGUCAAGGCAUUAACACUAAAGCCGCUCAAGUGGCAGCUUACUUGCUGAAAAUACCAGUCGAAAAGAUUGAAAUUAAAGGAAACAACAGUAUCAUUACACCAAACAGUUUCGCCAGUGGAGGCAGCGUCACGACCGAGGGUGUGAUCGUCGGACUGAGAAGAUGUAUUGAGCAGUUGCAGGCCAGAUUAGAACCUAUCAAGGCGACGAUGACUGACCCUACAUGGUCACAGUUGAUAGCCGCAGCAUUUGCUGCUAAUGUGGAUCUUCAAGUCCACGGCUACUGCAGUUCAUCAGAUGCUCAGUCAUACGAAAUAUUCAGUGCAGUUUGUUGUGAAGUAGAAGUUGAUGUUCUAACCGGAGAAUAUGAAAUUCUGAGAGUAGAUUUAGUACAAGAUGUUGGUGUCAGUAUGAACCCUGAUAUUGAUAUUGGACAAAUUGAAGGAGCUUUCAUGAUGAGUCUUGGAUACUGGACUUGUGAGAAAUUAGUUUAUGACUCAGAAAACGGUGCACUACUCACGGAUAGAUCUUGGGACUACCAUCUUCCUGAGGCCAGAGAUAUACCUCAAGACUUUAGAGUUACCCUAAAGAAUUCUUACAGCACCGACUUCAUUCUGGGAUCCAAGGCUAUUGGAGAGCCACCAUCGUGUCUGUCAGUGGUUGUACCAUUUGCACUCAGAGAAGCAAUUGUGCAGGCAAGACAAGAAUCUGGUAUACCGACCACGCAAUGGUUCGAUGUUGAGGGCCCAUUCUCCACGGAAAAGAUAUGCAUGUCGAUGAAGACAAACGUAGAUGACUUUAAACUUUUUUAAGAUGAAAUGAAGAAACGAUUGGAUGAUACUAAUAUAGGUUUACCAUUGGUUGCUUCACUCGUUUAUGGCAGAGUGAAUGGAGUGGGACACAUGCUUAGCGAUAAUGAAAAAGGAGGUCCCUUUUCAGCUAUUUUGCUUUUUUAAAUCCGAGAAGAUUGUUAAGCUUUCUUCGAUUUCUUUAUCAAUAAAUCAUGUUUGAAGUUUUUCAUCUAACUUCUCAAGUGGAGAUUUUACUUUUUUUUGCAGUUUUAUUUGCUUUUUUGCACUAUCAAUAUUGUUAUUUGGUUUUUUGACGGUUUUAUCUCUUCUGGGGUUUUGUUGGGUUAUUAUUUGAUUUUUAAACGUUGUAUUGUAAUCCUUAUUCAAAAGUGAUAUUUGGUUAAGUUUAUUAAAGUGGUUGGCUUUUUA